AUGAUUAUCUCUGAGAAUCAGUCUGCCUUUAUUCCUCAUCGGUUGAUUACCAAUAAUGUUAUGGUUGCGUUUGAAAUGAUUAAUAAGGGCAGAAAUAAUGGUAAUUGUGCACUUAAAAUUGAUAUUUCUAAAGCUUAUGAUAUAGUAGAGUGGGAGAUUCUAAAAGGCAUGCUGGAACAAUUUGAUUUUUCUACUCAACGGAUUAGGUGGUUGACUAUGUGCUUUUCGAAAGUUUCUUACAAUAUCAAUUUUAAUGGUGAUUGGAUUGGUCCUAUUGUGCCUGGUAGAGGUCUUCGACAGGGGGAUCCUAUUUCUACACUGGAGGAAACAGAUAGUAUUAAAUCUAUUCUCAAUACCUAUGCGGCUGCUUCUGGUCAAGUGGUGAACUUCAACAAAUCUGGCAUUUUCUUCGGUUCAAAUGUGGUCUCCUCUAUAAGGUCUAAUAUCAGUAAUAUCCUGGAUGUUCAUUCACCAUUGAGUCAUAGUGCCUAUCUGGGGUUACCUUCUCUUAUUGGGAGGAACAAAAAAGCAAUUUUUGGUUUUUUGAAAGAAAGAAUGUGGAAGAGGAUUAAUUUAUGGAGCAGUAGAUUCCUAUCUAGAGCAGGCAGGGAGAAUGGUCAAUGGAUUUUGGUGGGGGUAAAAGAGAAGGGCGGAGGGGUAUUAAUUGGCUAG